AUGGCCACCCCAGGGGCUCAAUAUGUCUUGCAAGCCGGGCUCGCAUCUGGCAUGUCCGCCACAGAAGGCGUGCACUCGCCGCAUCCCAAGCCCGUUGACCCGCAUCUCAGCGACGACGCCUACGUGCUCCCCGCGGACAUAAUGCCAGACUCGCAGAGCCGGAUCGCCGUGCGCGGCCGGGGCGGCAAAGACGUACAGAUCCCCUACAUGAGCAUCGGCGCCUGGGCAUGGGGCGACAAAGCGACAUUCGGCUACGACGCGACGCGUGACCUGCCACGCAUCCAUGCCGCAUGGGAGAAGCUGAAAGCCGUGGGUUUGACCUUCGUCGACACGGCGCAGGCGUACGGCGACGGCGAGAGCGAGCGUAUCUGCGGCAGUCUGUUCCGGGACAUGAACAGGAAUUCGUUCGUCGUGCAGACGAAGUGGCUGUCUACGCCGGACCUGACCAACACCCUGAUGCAGUCGAAAGGCCCCAAAAAGAAGCUGAAGGACUCGCUGUCCCGUCUGGGCCUCGACUACGUCGAUAUCUACCUCGUGCACGGCCCGAUUCACCCGGCCAUGAUCUCGACGGUGGCGAAGGGGAUGGCCGAGUGCGUGGAGGCGGGGAUGACGCGCGCAGUGGGCGUGGCCAACUACGACACGCAGGAGAUGGUCAAAAUGGCUGACGAGUUGGCGAAGAAUGGCGUCCCGCUGGCAGUGUGCCAGUGUGAGUACUCGAUUAUCCGGCGCUUCCCCGAGGCGAGUGGGAUGAUCCGCGAGUGUCGCAACCGUGGGAUCUGUUUCCAGGGUUAUGCCUCGCUGGCGGAGGGCAGACUGACGGGCAAGUAUUCCCAGUCGAAUCAGCCGCGGCGCACCCUGCGCUUUAGCAGCUAUCCCAUGCACAUGCUGGAGCCGACGGUUAAUGUGCUGAAGCGCAUUGCGGAGGAGCGCCGCGUGCCUGUGCCGGCGGUCGCGCUUAACUACUCAAUUAACAAGGGCGCUGUGCCGCUGGUGGGCGUUCGGGACGCCGAGCAGGCGGAGCAGGAUAUGCAGGCGCUGGGAUGGCGAUUAACGGUGGAUGAGAUCAAGCGCAUUGAGGCUGUCAGUAUCCAGGGAGGCACGUCGUCGUUCUGGCAGCAUGGAUAG